GCAGGAAGAUGGUGGCCGCAAAGAAGAUGAAAAAGUCGCUGGAGUCCAUCAACUCGAGGCUCCAGCUGGUCAUGAAAAGCGGCAAAUACAUGCUGGGCUACAAACAGACCCUGAAAAUGAUCCGACAAGGCAAAGCCAAGUUGGUCAUCUUAGCCAACAACUGCCCAGCCUUGAGGAAAUCAGAGAUUGAAUAUUACGCUAUGUUGGCCAAAACCGGCGUACAUCACUACAGUGGCAAUAACAUUGAAUUGGGUACAGCAUGUGGGAAGUACUACAGAGUAUGUACACUGGCUAUCAUUGAUCCAGGUGAUUCUGAUAUCAUUAGAAGCAUGCCAGAACAGACCAGUGAGAAGUAAACUGUACAAAAAUAUACUUUAAUAA